AUGGAACAGCUGGGCCAGGCUGAAAUGGACCACACGCAGCGACAAGUAGUCUCGAUCAGCCAGGACAGUUUUUACCGGGAGCUAACCUCCGCGGAGAAGGUCCGCCCCGAGAAGGGUCAGUUCAACUUUGACCAUCCGGACGCGUUCAACGAGGAGUUGAUGCUGAAAACUCUGCAGGGCGUGCUCCAAGGCAAGAAGGUCGAGAUCAACGAAAAAACAAUCUUCCGUUUGCAUCUGCCCCUAAAGGACGUCAACAAAAUCGGCGGUACGGGAACGGAAACCGGUGUGACCAAGCCCGGUUUCGCCCUGAUCAACCUGACCACUGAUGUCAAGUCCGUCGAAAUGCACAAAGAAGCCCUGCCGGAGGCUGUGCCCGGAGACAACGUCAAGAACGUGCCCGUCAAGGAACUGCGUCGUGGAUACGUCGCCGAUGACUCGAAUUUCACCGCCCAGGUCAUCGUGCUGAACCACCCCGGUCAGAUCUCUAACGGAUACCCCGUGCUGGAUUGCCACACCGUUCACAUUGCUAGGGAGUUCAGCAAGAUCAAGGAGAACAUCUUUCGUCGUUCCGGCAAGUCCACCGAGGAUCAUCUAAAGUCCAUCAAGUCUGGUGAUGACGCUAUCGUCUUCCUGGUCCCACCCAAGCCUCCAGCAGUCGAUUUCCGGUUUGUCCUGCCGGUACUUGACAAGGCCGUCUUCCUGCAGGACCUGCAGCUGUUUCACGACCGGAGUUGGACGCAGUUUAUGCGGUUGCCGAAGAUCGGAGGUCGGUAUGUGGAUUUGCACCAGUUGUAUUCGGUGGUGGUGGCCAGGUGGACGAAAUUGAAGUUGAAGCAGAUUUACAUCCGCUUUUCGAACAAGUACGAUAAAGUAAAUUUUAACGGUGAGGAGAAGGAUCCGACGGAAGAGGGAAACGACGAGAAGCGCCAUAAUCGGAGGUAAUCAGCGCGGAUGUUGCACUCGGUGCCGGUGGUUUACGACCAUCAGCAGCAUUAUGUGCCGAAAGUGAUGACGG